GGCCCUUUCAGUGCCCUCCCCCGUCGUUCGAUAUCUCACUCGUGAAUUUUCCCACUACACACAACAUGCACUUGACCACAGCGAUGGCGACCGUCGCGGCGCUGGCUACGUCGUCGCUCGCCCACGUUACGCUCAACCCGGCAGUCGCUGCUCCCAACGCAUACUUUGUCACGGUUAUCCGUGUGCCGCACUCGUUUCCUGGCGCUGUGACCACGAACGUGAGUGUCGAGAUCCCGACUGGGGUUCUAUCGGUCAAGCCCCAACAAAUUGGCGGCUGGAAGGUUGCCACCACAACGACCAACGUCAACGGCACCGACACGAUCGCCAAGAUCACGUGGUACGAUGGCUCGUUGCCGGACGAGCUCUACCAAGACUUUGGGCUUCAAUUCAAGGUCAGCGACCUCCCCCUCAACACGACGCUGUACUUCCCCGUGACCCAAGAAACGAUCCCCAACGGCACCUUGAGUUGGACGUCGGUGCCGGACGCCACCGGCAAGCUCGCUGAUUCCAGCCACCCUGCCCCCAAGUUGACUAUCGCCAAAGCUGCGACUGCUGCAUCCAGCACGACCACCACCAACAGCUCGGCGACGAUCCCCGUCAAAUCUAGUGCCGCCACGGCCAUCAUUUCCGUGGGGACUGUCAUGCUCGCGAUGUUGUCUGCAUUCCUGUAGUAGAAUACCAAUGGGCAUGUGUGUAGCUCCGAUGAAGUCGUUCAAUAUCAACGGUAUACCCUCC